AUGACGGAAGCGACUUCAACCGGUUCCUUCAAGCGGAGAGACCACUUAGCGGCUAUAGAAGCGGACAUUCAGAAGUUAUGGACCGACGCCAAAGUCUACGAGUCAACAGCUCCACAAAAUUGUCCUGAUGAUGUCAACAAGGAUGAGAAGUUCUACUGCACGUUUCCGUAUCCAUAUAUGAACGGCCGUUUGCAUCUCGGUCACGCAUUCACAGUGACAAAAGCGGAGUUUCAAGCCAGAUAUCAGCGGCAUCUCGGCAAGCGCGUUCUCUGGCCGUUCUCCUUUCAUUGCACUGGAAUGCCAAUCGCUGCCUGUGCUGAUAAAUUGAAACGGGAAGUAGCUGAGCGAGAGCAAAAAGAAGGACAUCUUUCUCCAACUGGCGCAUUGACGCCCUUGGAAGAAGUCUCUGAUACGGUGUCAUCUGUUCCAUCGAUUCCAGUGAGUCCCAGAUCUCAACCGAAGGAAGUCAAAGAAGCGGGAAAAUUCUCAGGAAAGAAAUCGAAGGCUGUUGCUAAAACGGGAGGAGCAAAAGCCCAAUGGGACAUUAUGGCUGCGUGUGGAGUUCCAGAAUCAGAAAUUCCCAAAUUUGUUGACGCAGAACAUUGGCUCACAUACUUUCCUCAAUCAGAUGAUUGCCAGCGUUUCGGUUUGGCUGUGGAUUGGCGUCGCUCGUUUAUUACGACUGAUCGUAACCCUUACUACGACUCUUUCAUUCGGUGGCAGUUCAACACAUUGAAGCGUCGUAAUCGAAUCAAAUUUGGAAUGCGUCCCACCGUCUUCAGUCGUCUUGACAACCAACCAUGUGCUGAUCAUGACAGGGCGUCGGGUGAAGGAUCUAAUCCUCAGGAAUACACUCUUAUCAAAAUCAAAAUUCAAGCACUUCCUCAAAAAUGGAUCGACACUACCUCUGAAUUGAAGGGCAAGGACGUCUUCCUCGUUGCUGCAACACUUCGUCCGGAGACAAUGUACGGACAGACAAACUGCUUCAUCCUUCCUGACGGAGAAUAUGGACUCUUCAUGGCAUUUGACGCUCCAGUGUCCGCUUCUGAUGGUUCUGACGACUCAGGAGUGUUGCAGCGUAGCUUGACCCGAGCAGAAGCUAUCCAUUCCUCUAAGACUGUUUAUGUUUGCUCGCGUCGAAGCGCAGAAAAUAUGGCGCUUCAAGGUAUCAUUCCUCUGCAGAGCGAUUCCACGGAGCAGCACCGCUUCAAACACCCCGUUUGUUUAAAAACAGUUCUCGGCGUUGAACUCAUGGGACUUCCGCUUUCCGCUCCGUUGUCUCCACUUGAAACGAUCUAUUCCCUACCGAUGCUAGGAAUCUCGAUGGAAAAGGGAACUGGAGUUGUAACGUCAGUCCCAUCGGAUGCACCAGACGAUUAUGCAGCACUGAAGGACUUGCAGGAGAAAGAAGCAUUCCGUCAAAAAUACGGAAUCACAAAGGAAAUGGUGGAUAUGGAUGUAAUAGAAAUAAUUGAGAUACCUGGAUUGGGACGGAGAGCUGCUGUUGAUGUUUGUAUUGCUAAGAAGAUCAAGUCCCAAAAUGAUAAAAUUUUACUUGCUGAAGCGAAGGAGGAAGUUUAUAAAAAAGGUUUCUAUGAGGGAAUCAUGCUUCUAGGGAAUCAUGGCUGGAGAAAAACUUGUGGUGGCUCUGUUGUUGGUUUUAGUGGUACUUGGAUUAUGGCGAUGCGGAUUGGAAACUUGCAGUGGACAAUUACGUCCGUGAUCCAACGAAAUUCCACGCCUAUUCGUCAAGAUGCCUAA